GGAGCAUAUAGUGUUACCUGUGGUCGUGUAUAUUAUGUGCCUGGCUGUUAAGGGUGGAUCAACUUUAAGGAAAUUAACUACGGAAUUGGGAUACAGUGGUUAAAUUCACAAUGUGUUGGAUUGAGACGGCUAAACCUGGAGGAUGAGUGUAUGACGGAGAUACAGGGGCAGAGGACGGCAUAAUUACAUUCACAUGUACCAGGAUAAAGACCCGGAAGUAGGCCGGUUUUGAAAAGUGGUGCUAUGCGGAACUUAAGACAAUAAAUGGCGCUAUUUAUAGCACGAUAAUCAACCCAGAUUUCCCCGGUGUCAAAUUGCUCAAUCAGCUGUGCAAUUUCUACAACUUGUGCAACUUUGCUGACGAAUUUCUUGAACAGCAUCAACAUCAGCUGAUCAGUUACAGUCAUCACAAAAAUAUUCCGAAGCUCAAGGGUUUUUAAAAACAAUACAGUGAAUGGACGAUGAUGCCAAGUGCAUUCCUUGAAUUCUUUCCCCGAUGAAAAAACAAAAGUGGCCUAAUUUGAAACAUUCUCUAAUCAAACUGUAAGGCAUUGCAUUGUGUAAACUGGAGAAAUCGGUGAUUGCAAGAUUUCAUCUUGGUGUAUGAUCUCACGUGGUUAGUCAAACAAACAGCCUAUUGUCAAACAAAAUAUUAGUGGAUAAGUACCAUUAGGAGUAUAGCAUGGAACAUGGAGUAUAGCAUGGUACAUGGAGUAUAGCAUGGAACAUUGCAGAGUUUUGUCCUCGAUUUAAAGAACUCAAACAAGUCGAUAUAACUUGUUGAAUUGGCAUUGAAAGCAUUCCUGGUUCCCGCAAUGACAACUAAAUAAAGUUGUUUCGUUCAGACUUUGUGUGACUUUGGACCAUUUUCUUGUCAAACAAACUGAAUGGAUUUAGUCGAUUGCUAAUCCAGGAUACUGCCAAAAACAUCUCAUACGGAUACAAAGUGAAUUAUUACGAUUUUUACACCCGGAUUCAACAGAACUUCUCAACUUUGUGUUGUGUUUACAUUUCUCCCAGAUUGGCAUUGAUGACCUUGACCUUCACGAUUUCGUGACCUUGACCUUUUGUUGACGACCUUGACCUUGUCAUGCUCAAUUGUUUACAGUAGCUAGGAGUAGAAGAUUAUACAUGAGAAAGGUGCUUCGCUAAUCCAAAUUUUACGCAAUUUAGAAACUCCCGCUGUUGUAUCUGAUGAUAAAUUUGGCAUUGACAUUUUAUUCUAGAGUAUUUAUAAUCACUUGGAACAAACGGAAGCAGUUCUAACCGCAUAUAUCUCGAAGACGCUCAGUGAAAAAAUACUUUAGUCAAACUUUUAUAGGAUUGUACGGCAAGUGCAGGAAGUGAUUCACAUGACUCUCAUUGAUUCCUGCACCUGACUGUCAAACUUGGAUAUUCUUCACAAACUUCAUGCAACAUGGCUAUGGGAUUUAGGAAGAUGGAUACGUGCUGAUAAUGUGACUAUGGAUUCCUACGCCCGUGUCCGGAUAAUAGGAUACGUGCCAUAGCGCCACCUGUGAACUAGCAUGUACAUGUACGAACCACUCAUGAUUGAGAAGCUGCAAUCAAGAGGUAAAAACUAAACAAUCGCUGGGCCAGACUUUGUGGAUCAUAAACAUGUGUAAACAGUGUGGGAGGCGAUCGAUAAACGAUAUGUAAUGUGCGGAAGAAAACUGCAUCCGAUACCAAUCGGAACAAAAAGAAGGACAUCGAAUUCUUCACAACUGUAAAUUACUGUUUCAAAGCCAAUUUGAAAGUGGACAGUGAUUUCGAAUCGAUAAGCCGAAUUUCGAAAAUUCACACGGAAGCAAACUCUAAUUCAAAUUCCAUUUCUAAUUCAAGUUGGAUGUGAGAUGCGAAUAUUUGCUGUACACAUGGAGCUCGCGUCUGCUUUGGAUAUAACUUGAUUAGAACUUGACUUGAUUUCACUCCCUCUAUUGGAGUGCGUCGUAACAGCAAUCUCAUACCAGCUGUAAAUAAACUCCAACUCUUUGCAUUUGACGUUGUUCAAAAACUUACAUCGGAAUAUCCUUUAAAAAAACUGGGAUAUUUCAAAUUUUGAAACUUUGGAUAUUCAGCUCGGAAUAUUGGAAAAUUCUGUCGGAUUUGAAGAAUUUAUUGGGAAGUUAGUCGCAUGGUUUACCAGCGAGAACACGUCAAAAUGGACGGCCUUAAAUUUGAAGAAGUGGUUUUGUCGCAACCACCGAUCUGGCUCAAACACGAACAGUCAUCGUACUCGCAGAAGGUCAAAAUCAAACGGCAGCUGAAGAGCAGGCAUGUGCCCACACUGUACGGCCGCCAGCUGAAGCCGGAUGAUCUGGUCACCAUGUCGACCGACCAACAGAAUACCGAGAUGGCUGCGAUGCAGAAUCGCAUACCGGUCUCAUUCCGUGAUCCGACAAAUGCACCAUUACGCAAGCUCAGCGUCGAUUUGAUAAAGACUUACAAGCAUAUAAAUGAGGUUUACUAUGCAAAGAAGAAGCGUCGGGCCCAGCAAGCUCAGGGGGACGACACCAGCCAUAAGAAGGAGAAACGGUUGUAUAAUGACGGCUAUGAUGACGACAACCAUGACUACGUCGUCAAGCCUGGCGAGAAAUGGAUGGAGAGAUACGAAAUCGAUUCUUUAAUCGGCAAGGGCUCAUUUGGUCAGGUUGUGAAGGCCUAUGACCACACAGACCAGGAGCAAGUGGCCAUCAAAAUUAUCAAAAAUAAGAAACCGUUUUUAAAUCAGGCUCAGAUUGAGGUGCGCCUCUUGGAGCUGAUGAAUAAACAUGAUGCAGAGAGUAAAUAUUAUAUAGUCAAACUGAAGAGACAUUUCAUGUUCCGGAACCACUUGUGCCUCGUUUUUGAACUUCUCUCGUACAACCUCUACGAUUUAUUACGGAACACGAACUUCCGCGGUGUCUCACUGAACUUAACGCGAAAAUUCGCGCAACAAUUGUGUACGGCGUUGUUAUUUUUAGCGACGCCGGAAUUGAAUAUUAUUCACUGUGACUUAAAACCGGAGAAUAUAUUACUGUGUAAUCCCAAGCGAAGUGCGAUAAAAAUUGUGGACUUCGGGAGUUCUUGUCAGCUUGGACAGCGGAUAUACCAGUACAUUCAGAGUCGGUUUUACCGGUCGCCGGAGGUCUUGCUUGGGAUACCAUACGACUUGGCAAUAGACAUGUGGAGUUUAGGGUGUAUACUGGUCGAGAUGCACACAGGGGAACCACUAUUUGCCGGCUCAAAUGAGUUUGACCAAAUGAUGAAAAUAGUUGAGGUGUUAGGCAUGCCACCAUCACAUAUCCUGGACCUGGCGCCAAAAGCUCGGAAAUACUUCGAUAAACUCCCCGACGGAUCAUAUAUACCAAAGAAACCCAAGGAUAGCAAAAAGUACAAAGCACCAGGAACACGGAAACUCCAUGAUAUAAUCGGUGCGGAGACGGGCGGGCCUGGUGGGCGCCGCGCCGGCGAGACCGGCCACUCGCUAUCAGACUAUCUUAAAUUCAAGGAUCUCAUUCUACGGAUGUUAGACUUCGAUCCAAAGACACGGAUUACACCGUAUUACGCACUGCAACAUAAUUUCUUCAAACGGACGACGGAUGAGAGUACGAAUACUUCAAAUAGUACGUCAACGAGUCCAGCUAUGGAGCAGCAGAAUGUCUCAAGUCCGACUCAAGGUCAGAGUUCUGGUCGUGCACGGUCCGAUCCGACGCACCAGCACAAUCACCACCACCUCCCCGCUCAUCAUCCUCACCCCAUGCAUCACAGUCACGGUGCCCAGUACGUGCCCACGUCAGCGAUGGACUGUGAGUCGCCCAAUUCACAACAACAACGCCUCCAACAGAUGUAUCACCACCAGCAGCAACAUUGGAUUACGAAUAUCGCUGCUGGGGAUCCGCCGCCCGGACCACACUCGCGGCAUAAUAACGGUGCUACGGCGCCACCUCCGAUUUCACAUCCACACGCCCAUUUACACCGGCCGACCCAUUCUCAUGCCGUGCCCCACUCAUCGCCUCAUCAAAGUCAUAGUUCACAGACCGUUGGGACUGUCCUAGGCAGUGGUGAUCAUGUCACGUCGCGUCACGUGACGCAGCCGUCUUCCUCCAUGGCGGUUGACAUGUCGUCAAUGCCACCUCAGCAGAUGCAACCACACGGAAUGUCCGCACAUCUGCAGCAUAUGCAUCAGUCGAUAGACGCCACUCAGACUGGUUCCAUGAACAUGCAACUCCCCGCGUAUCAACAGACUGGUUCCUAUCCUCAGUACCCACAACCAUUUAUCGCGUCAGGACACACGUUUCCGUACACGUUAACCGCAACGACACAAUCGAACUUAGUAUCGCAAUCAGAUUCAUCUUCUCAACAGCGGACUCGGACUGCCUCUGGUGAGGAGAGUCCUAUGGUGGGGGUGUGCGUACAGCAGAGCCCGGUGGCAAGCCAUUAAUGAUGAUGAUAUUCUAUAGGUUAAUUGUGUAAAUAUGGCUCAUGGAUGACGUGAUGACCCGUAGCGAGGCAUGCUCGGACGUACUCCAGCAAAGAUGUCACGCUGGCAUAUCAGUGAUUGGUGCAUUUCAACACACCGUAAACAAGUUGAUGUUGACGUGUAUUUCAAUGCUGGGGUAUGUUUGUGACAUGUCGCGCACGGGUUAACACAUGGAUGUGUUCUUCCGUGUUGUAACACUUGUUUUCAAUGUGUUUUCACGCGGAUUACACGAGGAGGCCGGCCAAAAGAUAGCGACUAUGCAAGGAAAAGACUCCAGAGCCCCAUUUGUGUGUCCUCGAGUGUACGUGCCUGUGAGGCCAAGGGUUGCCGACGGUUACUGUAGUGACAGUUUUAGUGUGUGCCUGUGAUGUAAACAGCGUCUGCUGUGAUGGAAGGUUACCGUGGUUGCGGAGUGUUAGGUUGUGGUGUACCGAGUCCUGGUGUGUUCGGGAGUUCUAGUUCUAUUAUGGCUGCCAGGUGGCGCAGUGCGCUAGUGGCAUGGAGACCUUGGCAUUACGUUGUUGUUUUCCCUAGUUAGUAAGUCAAUGCCAAGGGCUGUCUCCCGACCCUGAUAGAGUUGACUUCCACACAAGUUCGCCCCUGGUGGCAACGUCGGAACCAAAAUUACCAAAUCGCUAGAACUCUAAUUAGAAACAGAUAUUUUCUCGCUCGAUAUCUUAUGAUUAUACCAUUCUGCUGGCACCGAUAUCCUGAAAUGUGACUCCCUCUUCUGCUAAUUCUGGAUGUGAAUUUGAACCAUUCUAACUCAAAUCUUCGCCUACUCCUAAACCGCAAUGACGAAGUCCGACAACAUUGGUUGAGAGCUAUUCCUGAAAGAUGAUGCUUUGAUUUGCCGGUGUUUUGCAGAUGCCCUGGACGUGCGGUGUCCGAAAUCUUGCUUCAAAACUCGGUGAUUGUGCUUUCUUAUCGGUACUCGCCUCUCUCUGACUCUCGCUAGACUUGUGGUAAUUGUCGUAUCCAUGCUACUGAACAUAGCGUCGGGAAUGGACCCAUAGUAGCAUACGCGCUGCCGGUGGCGUUGAAAUAACGUGGGAUAUUGUGAAAAACGUUGUGACGAAGUUAUGUUCUAUUUUAAUCGGAAUUCGCUAAGCGGUUAAUUUUUCCAAAGAUGCUACAUUGUGGUUGAUGUUUCCGCGGUGACCGAACAUAUAGGUUAACAGACUGGUUAGGCCUGAAAUACAUGCCAUCACAGGCAUCGGGAUGAAGCAGGAGAGUAAUAUUCACAGGCAACAGGAGUGAGGAGGAUUUCACAUAGGUGAUACACGGGGCUGCGGAGGCUUGUUAAUCGUCUCUUGAUAGAAAUAAAUGUAGCAAGUUAUAGUGUGUGCCGUACAAGAUAACCCAGCCGACUAGCGGAUCGUUAAUGAAAUUAUUUUUGACAAUCAAGGGGUUAACGAUAAUGAUAAAAUUGUGCUUUUUUACUUUUAUCGACAAACUUUGACUUCAUGAAAUGAAGUUGGCCAUUUGCCACAGAUAUGUUUGUCCGAUUAUUGUCUUUUCUAGUUUUAACCUCGACAUUCGAUUGUAAACAGCGAUCAUGUGUUUCAUUUAAGUAUCUAAUACUAGGUGUCUAUGACAAUAGGUAUGGUUUUAAGCUUUUUAAAACGGUCAAUGAAUUUACAGCCUCAAAGCGCUUUUUAAAUGGGAUAGGCCUUCAGGUUUCAUAAUUAAAAUGCAAAGAUGUGUUUUUACAAUGUAAUGCUUGUGUUUUAAUAAUGGCGAUAGUGUGUUUUUAUGGGAUUUUAUGCGACGACAGAAUAUGUAUUCUUGUACCAACUUUUUCGGGGUGAUAUUCCAUGGUAUGUUAACCCGUUUACACCGGUACGAACUCUCUCAUUACAUCAGCGAUUAUACGAUGUUUACAUUGGGGAUCAUUAGUAACAAGAAUGUUUGUGUGUUGUUUUUUUUAGAUAUUAAAAUAAACAUAGCAAUGUUUUAUCCCGAGUAUGCCAGAUCAAAGCAGAAACUAGGAACACUGCAGGAAUUCCUGGCAUACUUGGAUGUAAACAUACUUUUAGUGUGUGCUAAGAUCCGCUAGUUCGGCUGAGGAUGGUGUUAAGUUAGAUCCGAUAUGGCACAUAGGUGGAGGUAUGGCUUCACCUGUUAUGGGUGAAAAUAGCUGUUUUUUUGUGAAAUGUACGCGUACUGCUCAAAAAUCUGUAUUUGUAUUUCUUGGAACGGUACGAUUAAUCAGCGGGGUAUUUAGAUUAGUUUUAUGAUCAUCAAGUUUCAUCGAUGGGUGAGGAUCAUCUGUGACUGGUGUGAGCCUACACGAGUUCUUGAUUUCUGACAUCCGAUUCAACUCUGUCAAUAUCUUCACAGAUUUCGUUCACUCUAAAAAAAGUGGACCAAUAAUUGCCUCCUGAAUCGGCUGUUUCACGGAAUUAUAAACCCAGAAUUUUGAGCAGACGCAUUUGUAUAAAUGAUGCAAACUACUUGUAAAUAGACAGCUAUCAUCGUGUGUUCUUAUUUAUUUGAAAGAUGGAGUUGGCAUUGUUUCAUGCUUUAUCUACCAAUCGUGAGUGGUGACGUAUGCUUGGCACGGCGCCGUCUGCUCAUUUGGUCAUGUGUAGGAAGGGGCGUUCAAAUGUGGAUGCCAUAUUGACGUUGUUUACAUUCUGCAAACCUGGCUUUCAAACUUGUUUAAUUCAUUUGUAAACUUGCUCCAUAGGAAAUUUCAGUCCAUAUCCAAAAUUGUAUGAUCAAAAAUCCUGAAAAUUUGUCCAAAGUUUACUUAGAAGAGAGAAAAUUUCUGUUGUUUUUUUCAACUUUUUGGUCAAUAGGCAAUCUUAGUUAAAAAUUCAUACUUUCAAAUACAAAAAGGAAGGUUACUUUCAGAAAUAAGCUUUCUAUAUGAAAAUGUUUUCGGAUAAAUUUUGUCUUUGUCUCCGAAUCAUCCUGUAGACGUCGUCUGGCAUAUCAAGUGUCUUCCAUUCUUACAAAUGACCAUCGAGCAGUCGCGAACGCGGCCGAACUUACGUCACCGCUUACAACACUAAGUCACUAUAGAAGAAGUCCAUGUACAAAAUCACUAUUGUUAUUAUCGCGGCAUGUGGUGGGCACGAUCAUGUGACUUCUGCGUUCUACAAGAUAGGAUACCGAGAUUCUAAACAAACUGUUGUCGUAAGGAUUUUUGGCGCAGGUUUGAUCAAAUCUAUUAGUUGUUUUGAUGGGGGAUUUAUUAGUGAUUCGGGGGAGAUGUUUGAAUUUGAAGUGUAUCCUAGAUUUGACCUAUCCGGUAUGGAACAGCCUAACUUCAGCUUGAAAAUACUGUUACUGGGUCAGUCCAUUUGGUGUUGAAAGGGGGUGCAGGUUUCAUCUUUCCACUUUUCCUCUCCUCCAGUAAACUAUCAAAAAGUUAAUUGCUUAACGAAUCUUGGCUAGCAAUGCCCUCUAUACCCUGCUACUGUAACUAUAAGCUAACUAGCUUUGUAUAUAGCUAGCUACUAUGUAAAAAUACCGAAUCCGAAUAUUUAUUAUGAAUAUCCAUAUAUGCUCCGAUAAUACUGUAUUUCGCUCUCCUCAUUCCAAGGAAAACCUCGGCGUAGGUGUGUGUCUGUUUCUGCUGUUAUCUCGUGCCCAGGUGAUCAUAUAGUGUAGGACUCUAUAAGCCAUGUGUAGGAAUACUGUUGGGAGCGAGGUUUUUAACUUGGGAAAUUUGUAAACAUUGCUGAACUUUUCAAAUAUUGCAUUAAGAGAAAUUGACUUUGUCUUGUUAGUGGAUGAAAUAUUCCGAGAUGAAAAAUUUUCUGAGAAUUUCAGAGUCAUUGUACUUUGGAAUUGGUGUUUGCAAGUAGGAUGACUUGUUGCCCACAUGUUAAUUUAAUUGGAAGUCACAUGAUCGUGUCUGACACAUGUCAAUCAAGCAUGUAGAUAUCAAUACAAAUUGUGUGUGUUAAUUGUUGGGGUCUUAGCUCUCCGGCCUGCUGUGCGUCAAAAAUGAACAAACUUGAGUUGAAGUGUUUAUCAAUAGGGGGCGUUACAUAAUUAAGAGAUUAAUAGACAUUUUUGAAAUGAUUAUUUCAAAUGAUACCAAAACUGUUAUAAAUCUAAUGUGCACAACUUGGAAGUUGGCACUUUACUACCCUUGCUGAUAAUGAUAUUGAUUCCGUUGAUAUGCAGCGCCCCCUUUAUAAACUGGUGAUGAAAAUGUUGAAUAUUGCUGUGAUUCCGAUACCAAAGAUACGUUAAGCGCAAGAAAAAUGCGUCAAAUUCUUGUGAAUUUUUACGUGCUAGCAGGUCGGAGCACGGACCCAAAAGGCCAGAUGUGGAAUGAUAUGUUUGAUACCUGCCACCCUGACUAGAAUAGUUGUACAUUUUCGUGUGCAGGCACCAGUUUGGACUCAAGUGACGUGGAACUUGGUAACUUUCAUAUCAACCUGAUAAUAAACCUGUAAAGUGUUUUUAUGUGUACAGAAAAUUCGAUUUUAGUCAGGGUGGCGUUUGUACUUGGUUUUCUUUGAUCGAGGGUCACUUGGGUAAAAUAUAGUCACAUUCACUUCGGUUUAGCUGGUUCUCUGGCUUGUUCAGAUGUCAGUUUCAAGAACUUUUACGCCCCGAUUAUGAUACGAUUUAAAAUCAAGUCUUAGCUGCCUCCAUUUUAUCUACAAUCGCAUUAAAGUCACGCCCCCUGUCUGUAGCCAGGGGGCAGAAAAUUACCCAGGUUGCCCUUGUAGUCGAAGAUUUAAACUGGUCGUAUCCAAAAGUACCAUACAGGGUUUGGCCCUUUUCUAAUCUGCAGUCUUGAAGGAGUUGGUCACAAACAAAAUAACAGUGAUGUCACUAACCUGAUUACUAUAUGAAGCUAACAAUUUUUACGAGAGGCCGUUUUGCUUCUAACAAUGUUUAUGAGAAGCCAUUUUGCUUUUAACCCGGAUGAUCUACCGAUGACCUCUGAUACAAGGUGCAGUUGGGAAAAUGAUAGAACUCGUCUGGUACCUUUUGGUGUGCGGCUGGUUUGAAAGAUUUCUUUGGUAUUUUGUCAGAAUUUUCCGCAGAAAUAUACACGUGUCGCAUAAAAAUAGUGAUGAAGAAUUUCAUAUCAUUUAUGAUCAGUAAAGAUAUCGAUUAUCUUGGAUAUGUUUGAUCUAAUACAGUCUGCAGAAUAUUUUGACCAUGCCGAAGUAAUCUAACCAAGCUUUUGUUUUCAUUUUUUAGUUGAAUCAGUAUUAUUGUAAAUAGCUAGCAGGUUUUAUUUGUCUUUUCAUCACCAUAGCUACCCAUUUCUAUGUCGCUCUCUUCCAGUAUUUCAACGGAAUUUGAUCUUUCAGCUUUGAACUCUGCAGUGGUCUGCGAUUCGGAAAAAAGUUACAGGGGCAGAAAAUUUUGAAAUUGUUGACCUAUCUCUGAAGACCAAUUAAGAAUAUUCAAUUUUCAUGAUAGAUAAGGUUGUACAAUUAUAGCAUCUGUGUACAUUGAUGUGUACAUCUGCCAGGUGUAUUCUACAUUUGUACCAUUAAAAUACUUAGAAGCAUUUUGGACAGAAAUUUCCUGCAGGUCGAACCAUUUUUUAUGCUUGGGGCUUUUCUUACGGAGCAAAAAUUAAAGAGGAGCACACUGUUUGGGAGAGUUAAGAAUUUUAGAAGCCACAAUGGUAGUUUGCAUUGUUGGAAUCAUUCAAUUUCCAACAAUGUGAACUGCUGAUGCAGCGGUUUGAAUGUUCACCAAAAGGAGGUCUAUAUGAAUAUGUAUCAAUGUCAUCGCUAUGGCAACAGUGUUUUUCAUAACAAUGUGAACCCUCAUUAGCUGUGUGACGGUAACAUCACCUCGCAAAAAACACUGUUAACCUGUUUAUUUUCCCUUUAACACAAGGCAGCGCUCCCUUAGACUUUCAAUAAAGUUCAUUCCGGCAAGACUUAAUUCGCCUGUACAUAUUUGUGCAGUUUCCCAUGUAUUUUGCACAGGCGAAGCUGGUCAUCUCAGCUUGGAAUCAACUGAACCCAACGUUAACCCCUUGAAAUCCAUGAACAUGUAUCGAUUUGCUACUUGCUCAAAACUCGUCAAACAAAAUGGCGGAGAAAUGACAAGUUUUUAAACCCAUAAUGCACUGUCCAUGUUGUAAAAGAUUUGUCAUUUUUACCACCAUUAUUUUUGGGAGUUUGAGGGAGGGCUGCUGUGAGAUAUUGAAAAUAUCGCAUUUCAUUUCAAGGUCAUUGUAACCUUUAGUGUGUUAGUCUCAUCUUGACUGGUUCAGUCCAGCAAAGACCCCAACAUUUCAACGUCCGCAACUUCUGAGGGCUCACUCAAAAUACGUUCCACCAUCUGUCCUUGAUCGGCGCGAUUUAUGUCAGUUCAUCACCCAACUUGUUUAUCUUUUCAUACCUAUGACAACAAUUAUGUUUCCAUGGCAACACCACUUUCCAUUUUGUUUGGAUCUUUGGGUAACUUUUAAAAGUUGCCAUUUUGUUGAAAUAAUUUUGUGCCUUGGUCACAAAUUUCUCAAUUUCCAAUGAUUUGUCCUGAAAUGAACGUUUGCAUCUCUGAAGGCGUUAGGAUCUUGCAUAAACCCAGAUGACAAUCAUGAAAUUCUUCAUGAAGUUACAAUUGAUUCUCUUAAGGCGUUUGGACCUUAAUUAAGAAGAGAUCUUAAUUAAUAAUGAACUAAUAUCUUGGGUCUAAAAAUGACCAGAAUAAUUUGAUGAAUUUUCUAAUAAAUCUUUUUUGCAGCAAAAUUAUCAGUUUGAUGGUGAUCAGAGUGUGGCAAGUCGUCCAACGACUCGAAAUCUUUUAAAAUUUAAAUAACUGAAUGGAUUUUACUUGAGAAGUUCACGUUUGUUUUGAUGCCAGAAACAAAUCUUUGAUAAAAGACACAGCAAAUUGAUCACCCUCAUUCUGUGUUGAAAUGUUUUAUGCAAAUAACGACAAAAAUUCUCCAUUUCAGGCUACUUAAAAUAAGUAAAUAAUUAUGAUUUUAAUUAAACUUAAUGAUUAAUGGAAUAUAUCACUUUACUUUGCCAUGGACAAAUUAAAAAUCGUUUAUUCACUUUUAACUCAUUUUUGUAAACUACGCCUCUUUUCGGUUAUUACUAUUUUGUCUAUCGUAGUUUGCAAAUAUUUGAGGAACGGCAUAAGGCCGCUUCAACAAUAUCGGUGUCGGUUUGCUUAAUCCUGAUUGUAAUCGCAUCUCGCCCGAAAAAUCCUAAAUUAUUCUUAAUGAGGUGAAACUUGCAUUGAGUUUCUUCCACCAUUUCUCAAGCCCUUAGACGUGCAAUUUUUGUUGCUGUGACCUGCAAUCAUGAUUGCUGCAACAAACAUCGGUGAUUGCUGCAAUCUGCAAUCAAUAUCAGACUCGGCCAGGAUGAGUGUUACCUGCCGAGUGAUCAUUUCAUCCAGUCAUCGCAGCGACAAUUGUCGCAGGUCACCGCAACAAAAAUUGCUGGUGUGCGGGCACUUUUGAUAGACAGGAACUCACUGAUAUCAAACAUCACCUCUUGGGUCAGGCCCCUGGUCUUUGUUGGUACUCUGCAGGCUCCGACCCAGAGCUGAUCAAAACAAAUCACAAAUAUCCGCAGACGUUAAAAGUAAUCUCCGUUAUCUGCAGAUGUUAAAGGUAAUCUCCAUUAUCUGCAGAUGUUUCUCAUUCACCCACAAAUUGUAUGAUUAUUUCCAUCUCUGAAAUCUAUAUUUCGUUUUAUGAACAUUUUAUCAUUUUUGUUGCCAUUGUUUUUAUUUAAAUGACAAACCAGACGGUUUCAAGUAGGAGGUUGCCACGGUUACGGUCCUGAUAUUUUGUGAAUAUUUUCUCCACUUUGAUUGGUCAAACAUAUCUCGAAAUAGUUAUAAUUUUACUCAGGUCAUUUCAAAACGUCAGGUUAUCUUUUCCGACCAAAAAGUUUGUGAAAAUGUCCUUCGCAGUAUUUUGAGAUUUCUCAGGAGCAUAAGAUAUAUUUGGAACUUUUCAGGAUAUUUGUUCUCAGGAAUAUCUGAAUUACGCCAAAAAUACCAGAAAAAAAUCAGGAAAAUUUGUGAAGAUCUGAUGAUAUCUUGCAAUUUAUCUUUGACAUUUGAAUUGCCUGUAAAUUCUUAUAUGAAAAAGAUGAGUUUUGAAUGCCUUAUGACAGCUACCUCCGAGUGGAAUUGGAUAACUUGGGAGUUGUUCAGAAGUGUGGUUGAAAUAUGAAUUUAGUUUAUGCAACUUUUUACUUUGAUUCUUAUUCCAAGAGUUAGAAAUUAUUUUUCUGAAACUUCAUGUUUUAACUUUCCUCUGAUUUUCUCUAAAUGGAAAUCUUCACUUGUUCUUCAUCCAAUGAAAAAUGGCUUUUAAGAUGCCUGGUACCACUUGCAUUGGACACGGAACAAGUCUAGACAGGACCUGAACUGGUGGUGACCCCUACUGGCUGUCUCACAAGUGCCUUGUACCGCACCGAUCCAUCAUCCAUGUUUUCCACCAUCUUUUUGUCUCAGUCUCACAUCUGGCCAGAUGUAGCUAAUAACAAUUCUUUGUAAACAGUAAUAAUAUGAAAGAAAAACAAAAAACUUCAUAAUGUAUAUGU